AUGGCAAACCACAUGAUGUUUUUAAGUUUGCUUGCUCUCUCUUGUGCUCUGACAUUGGCUUUUGAGCCCAGUCCCUUGCAAGAUUUCUGCGUCGCAGACACUACAAGUCCAGUCCUCGUUAAUGGCCGUGCAUGCAUGGACUCCAAAUUUGUGCAGCCUGCACAUUUUUCCUUCAGUGGGCUUCACUUAGCUGGCAAUACAUCCAACAGGUUUGGCUCCAUUGUUACUCCAGUCAAUGUGGCUCAAAUACCUGGAUUGAACACCCUUGGUAUCUCUCUGGCUCGGAUUGACUAUGCAGCAUGGGGUGUUCUGUCUCCCCACAUGCACCCUCGUGCUACAGAGAUCUUGACAGUCCUAGAAGGGACACUUGAAGUUGGGUUUGUGACCUCCAACCCUGAAAACCGAUUCAUUUCAAAAGUUCUUCAAAAGGGCGAUGUGUUUGUCUUUCCAGUUGGCCUUGUUCACUACCAAAGAAACGUGGGGUAUGGAAGUGCCGUUUCGAUCUCUGGUUUGAGCAGUCAGAAUCCUGGUGUCAUUACUGUGGCUAAUGCUAUUUUUGGAUCAAACCCGCCGUUGCCGAGUGAUAUGGUCGCCAAAGCAUUCCAGUUGGACAACAAUGUGGUUGAUUACCUUCAAGUCACUUUUUAA